AUUCCGGCUCGCGCCAACAUUAUUUUUGUUGUGUAGUCUGCAGUCCCUGUCCGCAGCGCUGCGUGCACCCGUGGCUUUGCUUGGAUUUCCACCUUUGUUGACUAUCCUUUGGUCUUGGAGAUCGCUCCUCACUGGCUUUCAGGCAGCAGAGGUUCGUAUAAGGUCUGCUCUACUCCAAAGACAUUUUAAGACUAAAAGAACUUCAGAACAGAGGGUAGGCUCUGAGAUAAGGAGAACGCGAUGUCCGGAUCGAUGCCGUUCUACCAGAAGCACCACCGUCACUAUGACCGUGCCUAUCGUAGCCGGGAGACGGCAUCCGCGAUCAGCCAGUACCAGCAGAGCUCCAGCAGUUACUCUGCUCACAGAAGCAGCAGCACCAAGGGAGCCAUCACCUCUGCUUUUGUGGAUGAAUCGGGACUGAGUCCCCAGCCAAAGAGAACCAAGCCCUCCUACCUGGCUGUGGAUAAAGAGAACCAGAUUAUAGGCUAUGUGGUGCCCAUCUUCAGAGGGAGUCAGGAGUUUGCGACUGGUCUGUCAGACACUGAGGAGGCUCGGGCCAAAGAGACCGCUGGCUACCUGGCCCGUCGAGACCUCUUCACCAGUGGCGUGGAGAUGGAUCGUGUGGAGCACAAGUCACGCCGGACCAUCAUGAGGGAGUCGGCAGAUCGAAUUUCCCUCACCAAGAGGAUCCAUGAGAACGAAGAGUACCACAAGCAGCUGAACAAAGACAGCCUGAUGCACCCUCCCGAGUUUGUGAUCAAACCUCGCUCACACACCGUGUGGGAGAAACAGUGCGUGCGGCUACACUGCACCAUCACAGGAUGGCCCGAGCCCCGAGUAGUGUGGUACAAGAACAACAUCAGCAUUGACCCUAUGGCUCAGCCAGGGAAGUACAAGAUAGUCGACAGUUACAAUGUCCACUCUCUGGAGAUCAACAGGUGUGACUUCGAUGACACGGCCCAGUAUCGUGUGUCAGCCAUGAACAGCAAUGGGGAGCUUUCAGCUUAUGCUUCUGUCGUUGUCAAACGAUUCAAAGGUGAAGUUGAUGAGUCCCUCCCAUCUCCCAGACCCCAGAAACAGUUCGGCUCUCAAGUACCUUGCCUUGAGUAUGGUGUGACUUUCGAAACACACAUUGUGGAGAAGUUUGAUGUGUCGUUUGGGCGUGAGGGGGAGACACUGAGUCUGGGUUGUUCUGUGAUCAUCUACCCGUCUCUGCGGCGCUACAAGCCUGAGAUUGAGUGGUACAGAGAUGAUAAGUUACUGGUGCCAUCGAAGUGGGUUCAAAUGCACUGGAGCGGAGACAGAGCCACGCUCACACUCACCCACCUAAACAAAGAGGAUGAGGGACUAUACACAUUGCGUGUCAUCACCAAGUCUGGCUACGAGACACACUCUGCCUAUGUCUUUGUUCGAGAUGCAGAUGCAGAGGUGGCAGGAGCCCCUGGAGCUCCUCUGGAUGUCUUUUGUCAAGAGGCCAAUAAAGACUAUGUGAUUGUUACCUGGAAGCAGCCAGCCGUGGAUAGGGGCAGCUCCAUCCUGGGCUACUUUGUGGACAGGUGUGAAGUUGGUACCACGCAUUGGAUUCAGUGCAAUGACACACCAAUAAAGUUUGCCCGAUUUCCUGUUACCGGCCUCAUCGAGGGCCGGAGCUAUGUUUUCCGAGUGCGUGCUGUGAAUAAGUGUGGCAUGAGUCAUCCAUCACGAGUGUCCGAGCCUGUGGCGGCCAUGGAUCCCGCUGAUCGCGCUCGCAAAGGGGCCUCGGCACCAUGGACUGGUCAGAUCAUCGUCACAGAAGAGGAGCCCGUUGGUAAGGGUGUGGUUCCUGGCAAACCUUGUGAGCUGAUGGUUACAGAGGCAACCAAAAACUAUGUGGUGCUGAGCUGGCAGCCCCCAAGCGAGAAGGGUCAUGAGGGGGUCAUGUACUACGUUGAGAAGUGCGUGUCUGGCACUGACAGCUGGCAGCGCGUGAACACUGAUAUCCCAGUGAAGUCUCCUCGCUUCGCCCUGUUUGACUUGUCUGAGGGGAAGUCCUACUGUUUCCGUGUACGCUGCUGCAACUCCGCUGGAGUGGGUGAACCUUCGGAGCCCACUGAGGCCACCGUAGUCGGAGAUAAACUGGAUAUCCCAUCAGCUCCGGGGCGUGUAGUGCCAACUCGCAACACAGACACAUCGGUUGUGGUGUCCUGGGAAGCCUCGCGGCAGGCUAAGGAGCUGGUGGGCUACUACAUUGAGAGCAGUCUGGCCGGGACGAACACCUGGGAAGCCUGUAACAACAAACCCGUCAAGGGCACCAGGUUUAUAUGUCACGGGUUGACGACUGGUGAGAAGUAUGUUUUCCGUGUGAGGGCAGUUAAUGCUGCUGGGAUCAGUGAUUUCUCGCAGGAGUCGGAAGCCAUUGAGGUUAAAGCUGCCAUUGGGGGCGGUGUUCCUCAUGCCUCCCCUGCCCCACCCUUUGGCAUCACCGUGCUGGAGUGCGUGCGAGACUCUAUGGUCCUCGCCUGGAAGCAGCCCACCUUCAUGGGUGGUGCUGACAUUACCGGCUACUUCGUGGACUACCGCGAGGUCAUCGGCGGAGUGCCUGGGAAAUGGCAUGAAGCCAACAUCAAGGCAGUCAGCGAGCGGGCAUACAGGGUGUCUGAGCUGAAGGAGAACAUGCUGUAUCAGUUCCAGGUUCGCGCUGCCAACAUGGCUGGGGUGGGCAUUCCCUCUCGGCCCAGUGAAAUCUUCAAAUGUGAGGAGUGGACCAUUGCUGUGCCGGGACCCCCACAUGAUCUUCAGCUGCAGGAGGUGCGUAAGGACUCCUUAUUGUUGCUGUGGAAACCACCAGUGUACCAGGGUCGUGACAAAGUCAAUGGCUACUACGUAGACAUCAAGGAGGCAGAGGCACCUUUUGAGUGCUGGAGAGGAGUUAAUGAGAAGGCUACGAGCAAGACAUACAUGAAGAUCAAGGAUUUGAAAGAGGGCGUGACUUACAUUUUUCGUGUCCGAGCUCAGAACAAGGCCGGUGUGGGCAAAGCUUCCGAGCCAACAGAGCCAGUUCUGGCUGAAACUAAACCAGGUACUGCAGAGUUGGUUGUGAAUGUUGAUGAUGAUGGCGUGAUCUCGCUGAAUUUCGAGUGUGCUAACCUCACUGCCGACUCCAAGUUUGUCUGGUCCAAGAAUUAUGAGGAGAUCACGGAUGAUAAACGCCUAACCAUGGAGACCAAAGGCAACAAGUCCAAAGCAAUCUUUAAAGCUCCCUCAGAGGAAGACCUGGGCAUCUACUCCUGCCUGGUCACCCACACCGAAGGAGUCUCUGCUAGCUACUCGCUCACUGAGGAGGGCCUGAAGGAGCUGCUAAAGAUCAGCCACGACCACAAAUUCCCAAUUAUUCCUUUGAAGUCAGAGCUGGCCGUGGAGCUGCUUGAGAAAGGCCGGGUUCGCUUCUGGCUUCAGGCUGAGAAGAUGUCUGCCAAUGGCAAAGUUGAAUACGUCUUCAACGACAACAUCAUCUCCCAGGGAGACAAAUAUAAGAUGAACUUUGAUAGGAAUACUGGCAUCAUUGAGAUGUUCAUGGAGUCACUGGGCAAGGAGGAUGAGGGAACAUUCACGUUCCAGCUCCAGGACGGCAAAGCUACCAACCAGUCCAGCCUGGUACUCAUCGGCGACGUUUUCAAGCAGUUGCAGAAACAAUCUGAGUUCCAGAGGAAAGAAUGGCACAGGAAACAAGGCCCUCAUUUUGUGGAGUACCUCAGUUAUGAAGUCACACCUGAGUGCAUUGUAAGGCUGAAGUGCAAGGUUGGUAAUAUGAAGAAGGAGUCUGUGGCGUUGUGGUAUAAGGAUGGAAGAGAGAUUAAGGCCAAUGAGAAACUGGACUUCUCUGAGGGAGUGCUGACCCUGGAGAUUGCCCAGAUCUCUAAGAAAGAUGCAGGUGUGUAUGAGGUGGUUGUGAAGGAUGACAGAGGCCAGGAUAAAUCCACACUGAACCUGACUGACCAAGGAUUUAGGGACCUGAUGAACCAAGUCUUCAGUGUUAUUGCUAACUCCUCCACUCCACUGAAGAUUCAGAGCACAGAGGAGGGCGUUCGCCUGUAUACCUUUGUCAACUACUACAAUGAUGAACUGCUCAUCACCUGGCACCACAAGGAUGCUGCCAUUGCCUUUACUGAUCGGAUUAAGAGUGGAGUGGUCGGAGAGCAACUGUGGCUGCAGAUCUCUGAACCAACCGAGAAAGACAAAGGCAAAUAUGCCAUAGAAUUCUUUGAUGGGAAAGGAGGACUAAAAAGAACAGUAGAGCUGUCUGGACAAGCAUACGACGAUGCCUAUGCAGAAUUCCAGAGACUGAAGGCUGCAGCUAUUGCAGAAAGAAAUCGUGCUCGUGUGGCUGGAGGUCUGCCUGACGUGGUUACCAUCCAGGAGGGCAAGGCCCUCAACUUGACGUGUAACAUCUCGGGUGACCCCGUGCCUGAGGUCACCUGGCUGAAGAAUGACAGGGAGUUGGUGUCCGAUGACCACUUCAUCCUCAAGUUCGCAUCGGGCAAGUUUGCCAGCUUCACCAUCACCAUGGUGAACACCAACGACUCAGGCAAAUACAGCAUCCUGGUGAAGAACAAGUACGGCACGGAGAGUGGCGACUUCACCCUGAACGUGGUGGAGAACUUGGGAGACUUGGGUGUACUUUCAUACCUGGCUGAUGCAGAUGGCAAUGUGGUUAUUGGGCCCACAACACCCACUCCCCCUGCUCUGUUGUCUAAAACUCCAACACCUGUCAAAUCCAAACACUCAACCCCAGCCAUUUCCACUACACCUGCUUCAAACAAUGCAGGUUCUGCUGCCACAGCACAUCUCUCUCUGUCUUCAACUACCCCCAUAUCAGAGGAGAAAACAGCAAAUGAGAAAAAGAAGGAGAAGAAGAAAGUGGCAAAAAGGACAGAUUCUGUUGUUUUGAAACGACCCGUUGGAGAGGCGGCAUCAGAUGGGGCCAUGCCCACAACACCUGUUUCACCGUGAGCACACCCACUGUCUGACCCAGAAACAGCACCACAACCAUCAGAAGAAGAGUGAUACAGUGCGUGUGUGUGAGUGAGUGACACAGAGAGCGAGCGAGAGAGAGAGAGCGAGAGAGAGAGAGAGAGAAAGAGAGAAAGAGUUGCAUCCAGGAACAAAAAUAAUGCUUACUAAUACUUGCCUUGGUCUAAGGCUCAGAGAAAAGAACAUAAGUGUUAUGCUGUAGUGUUACUGUGUUUCUGUUCACGUGUGAUGUGUUAAAAGGCACUGAUCCAAAUAUCUUUGAAGUACUUUUCUCUGCAGUGGAAGAAAAUAUCUCCCUGCCUGUUUGUAAUAACUAUAUAAAAGCUUAAGUAAAAUGAAUCCCAUGUCACUUAUUAACUUUCUCAUUUAUUCAAUAAUUAUUUAAUAAACGAUGUGACUGAUGAACA